GCCGUCUUCCGUAUAAAGCCUCCGCGGUAACUCAAUAUUUACAUUCAGAAGAAACAUACGGAGAGCAAACAAGCCCGCAAUCGAAAGGGGCACUUUGUCGAUGAAAGACAGCGGCCAAAGGUCUUGUUUUGAACAUUGACAAUAGUCCCGGGUCGGCGGGUCACGAUGGUGGUUAUGAAGAAGUUAAAGACGUUCGAGGUAGUGUUCAGCGAUCCCAGCAAGGCCUUCUACUGUAGCGGGGAUAAGGUGGCUGGGAACGUGGUGGUGGAGGUGUCGGAGGUGACCAAAGUAUCCGUCCUCAAGGUGCUUGGUGUUGGCUGCGGUAAAGUGGAGUACGCCAAAGGAAAACAAAAGUGUCGAGAGGAGAUCGAUUAUCUGAAAUACGAAGAGGUUGUUCAUCUGGACAAUCAGACUAGAGCUCCAGAUGGCUCCUUCACUCUCAGACCAGGAAACAAAUACGAGUUCAUGUUUGGCUUCGAGCUGCCUGCUCCAGGGUGCCUUGUAUCGUCAUACGCUGGCAAGUUCGGCUAUGUGCGGUAUUACGUUCGUGCGGUGAUGGAGCGGCCUUGCGCGCCACCACAACACUGUGAGAAAAGUUUUGAGGUUGAGGAACCUCUGGACAUCAACACCCCCGAUCUUCUGGCUCCGGUAGCAGCAAGCAAGCAUAAGAAGGUGAGCUGUCUCUUCAUCCCGGACGGUCAGGUCAGCAUCUCGGCGAGGAUUGACCGGAAAGGUUUCUGCGAGGGCGAGGAGAUCAGUCUCAACGCCAAGUUUGAGAACAGCUGCUCUCGAAUCGUGGUCCCCAAGGCCGCCAUCGUGGCCAAGCACAGCUACCAGGCUGGGGGUCGCGUCAAAGUCCUGAAGCAGAAGCUGACGUCUGUCCGGGGGAACCACAUCAUCUCUGGGAUGUGUGACAUGUGGCAGGGCCGGACCAUCCGAGUGCCGAAGCUACAGCCCUCGCUCCAGGGCUGUGACAUCAUCAAAGUGGACUACGUCCUCAUGGUAUACGUCCACAUACCUGGCAGCGAUAAGAUGGUGGUGGAGCUGCCGCUGGUGAUCGGUACCGGCCCGUUCGGAGGGCUCUCCAGCCGAUCCAGCAGCGUCAGCAGCCAGGUCAGCUCGCUGCGAGCCCCGUCAGACAGCUGGGCCUCCUUCCCCUCGCCGCCGCCCAGCUACGCCAACAUACCCGGCAGCUACCCCAACCUGCCCAGCAGCUACCCCAACCUGCCCAGCUACUCCAACCUGCCCCGCCUCGACGGGGACAUCACCCGCACCCCCCUGCUUCACGACUGCGACGAAGACGAGGACGAGGACGGUCUCUUUAUGCUGGCCCCGCCCCAAGCCUACCCCCUUCCUCCCCCUUACUCCGAGGUGGACGAGAGCGUUCCGAGUGGCCAGCAGGUCAUCCAGGUGUUCUGAAACCCGCCAGGCGGAGGAGAGAACACUGCACCUCCUGCUGCCAGGAGGAGGAGCGCUACCUUGACUUAGGUCACAGUGGAUGAGGACAGAGCGCAGCGCCCCCUGCUGCUAGGAGGAGGAGGUGGCUAGCAGGAGGAGGAGGAGACCGAUAGGACAUGAGGCUGUUCUGGAGUCUUCAGGUCCGGGUCAGUCCAGGCUAGCAGCUGACCCCUCAUCCAGGAUAGAACCAGAACCCCCCUCUAGUCUAGAACCAGACCCCUCCUCUAGUCUAGAACCAAACCCCUCCCCUAGUCUAGAACCAAACCCCUCCCCUAGUCUAGAACCAGACCCCUCUAGUCUAGAACCAGACUCCUCUAGUCUAGAACCAGACCCCCCCCUCUAGUCUAGAACCAAACCCCUCCUCUAGUCUAGAACCAGACCCCUCUAGUCUAGAACUAGACCCCUCCUCUAGUCUACAACCAGAACCCUCAUCCAGUCUAGAACCAGACCCCUCCUUUAGUCUAGAUCGAGACCCCACUUCUAUUCCC